CAUCCUCCCCCUCUUCGCAUCGCCGAGCUCUCUCUCUCUCUCUCUCUCUCUACUGCUGAGAAUCCGAAUCCGUCCCUCGUUGCCAUGGCGUCCGUAAAGGAUAACCGCCUGCCCCCCGGCCUCGUCUCCAACCUCCAGCAGGUCCUCGCCCGCCGCAAGGACGACGGCUCCGGCGAUCCCCCCGCCGCCGCCGCCGCCGCCGAGCCGCCGAUCGAGCCCUCCACCUCGGACGCCGCCCCCGGCGCCGAGGAUUGCUCGAAGCCGAUCGUCCUCGUCACCAGCAGCGACGGAAUCGAGUCCCCCGGCCUCGCUCGCCUCGUCGAAGCUCUCGUCCGCGAAGGCCUCUGCAAUGUCCACGUCUGCGCUCCUCAAUCGGACAAAUCGGCCUCAGGUCAUUCUGUGACUCUUACAGAAACGGUUGCCGUGACAUCCGCCGAAAUAAGUGGUGCCGUGGCUUAUGAAGUUUCGGGAACUCCUGUGGAUUGUGUCUCAUUAGCAUUAUCUGGAGCGCUUUUUUCAUGGUCGAAGCCUUUAUUGGUUAUUAGUGGAAUCAAUAGAGGUUCAAGCUGUGGCAAUCAAAUGUUUUACUCUGGCGUCAUUGCUGGAGCUAGAGAAGCAUUAAUUUGCGGUAUACCAUCUUUAUCCAUAUCGCUGAACUGGAAAAAGGAUGAGAGUCAAGAAAGUGAUUUUAAGGACGCAGUCACUGUCUGCUUACCGUUAAUAAAUGCAACUAUCAAAGAUAUUGAAAAGGGAAAUUUUCCUAAAAGUUGCUUGUUGAAUAUAGAAGUUCCAACAUCUCCUUUGACCAACAAGGGUUUCAAAGUUACGAAGCAAAGUUUAUGGAGAUCCACUCUGAACUGGCAAGCCAUUUCAGCUAAUAGGCAUCCAUCUUCUGGGCAUUUCAUGUCCAAUCAACAAAGCCUUGGCAUCCAACUUGCGCAGCUUAGUCGAGAUGCAUCUGCUGCUGGUGCAGCUCGGCGUUUAACAACGCAAAGGAAAAGUCUUGUUGAGAUAGAAUCAGUUGGUGCUGCUGGGAAACCCGACACAAACCGAGUGAAGAAGUUCUUCAGAUUAGAGUUCAUGCACAGAGAGCAGGAUGAUGCAGAUGAAGAAUUGGAUAUCAGAGCUCUGGAGAAUGGAUUUGUUGCGGUCACGCCUCUAUCACUUUCUUUAAAGGACCAGGAAGAUGCCACAGCUGCUACAUCGGACUGGGUUUCCUCUUCGCUUCAAAGAGAGCAAUAAGGAUUUGCCAAAUUCAGCGAACACGCAAUUCUGUAUACAUCUGAGAUUGUAAUGCUAGACUAGUUCUCAAUUGAUUUAAGAUAUGCUUAAUUUUUUCAAUAUAUGUUUCUAAGUUAUUGUUUUUUUUUUGGUCAGAGUUUCUAAGUUCUUGUUCGCCAGCUAAAUUAUUGGGGUAGGGUUUGUGUGGGUGUUGCAGUUUCUUUUUUUGACAUGACCGAACUUGAGCACAGGGGUUCAAAAUACAGACCCUGUGGUUUUCCAA